AUGUAUAGAGCCUGGGUGGGGACCUGGAGACCCCAUCGCCCGCGGGGCCCCGUAAUGGCCCAGUUCACUAGCCCGGGACCCAAGUACUCAAUCCCAGGGACAACAGGUUACCUGAAACACGAUCCUACCAAAAAGCGAGCCCCUGCCUACACAUGUAGCGGGGCAAAACCUCCUGUGAAAGAGGGCUGCUCUCCAGGCCCUUGCUACUACGUGGAGCCCUCCAUGACCAGGACGGGCAAGUACACUGCUCCAGGAUACGUUAUGUGCGGCCGCCCCAAGGUGACCACGGAGACCACGCCUGGGCCAGGUGAUUACUUCACAGAGAAGUCGGAAAAGCACAUCUAUAAAUGUGCUCCCGCGCACUCCAUGUCAUUCAGGCACAAGACCAUCGCGAAAGACAUCUCUCCAGGCCCCAACGCCUACACAGUCCCGAGGGUGAUGGGACCGAACACAGCGUACACGACUGCCAGUCCGUGCUAUUCCAUGAAAUGGAGGAAUAAAUUUGGUCUCUUUGAGGAAGACUUCUGCAAAACGCCGGGGCCUGCUGCCUACCGGAAGACAGAAUUGGAUGUAUAUAAAACAAGAGCUCCCAAGUACACUAUGAGAGCCCACAGUAAACCAAUAGUAGAUAAAACAGUAAAACCAGGGCCUGCAGACUACUACAUAGGAAAGGUGACGCUGACCAAGGCGCAAGCCCCCGCAGUCACCUUUGGCAUCCGACAUUCAAAGUACAUGACCCCUCUGAUACUGGACAGCUGA